AUGGUCGCCAACCUGAUCUGGGCCGGCAUAUCCAAAUUAUUUCUUGGCCAGUCGUUGAAAGGCCGAUCGGGCCUGUACACUGUCAUUAAACAACUGCAGGACUGUGUCUGGCUUGCACCAAAUGAGUCUCAAGAGAAAGUUAUCGCGAAAAGUGUCAGACACUUUCGAUUACAAAACGAACGAGACGUUCUGCUUCGUUUUCAACACCGAACAUUAACUAUUCGCCCCCUAAUCGAAGAGCUUCAAGGCUCCGAUGUCCCUCCUACUCUCAUUCUGAGAUACCUAGAUGAUGAUAUUCUCAAUGCAUCGAACAAACAACACCUUACUCGGCCAGAGGUGAAGUUGAUCGCGAAAAGGGUGCUAGAAGCACUGUCUGUUUUACAUGACGAAGGCUUUGUACACACUGACAUUAAACCCAGCAAUGUGUUAGUCAACUGUGGUCAACAAGAUGUCCGCUUUACAGAUAUGCAAUUAGCAGAUUUUGGAAGCACUGUUUACGUCGACUCUAUUCAUGCGCAGCGUGGUGACCCCAUUAGCACGCCUAUUUUUAGAAAUGGACUUCAUAUUUUCAAGCUGGAUGUUCUUCCAGACCAUGAAGACUACGAUCUUAAGAUCCUUCUUAAGCAUCAUAGAUGCUUCGGACCAUUUCCAGAGUCAUAUGAACAGAUCGUGGACAAGCAAAGACUGGCGGUUCUCGUCUGGGUCAUGCAGAGCAGCCCACCUGAGACCCUGCGGCCGUUUCAUCUCACUACCACUCAAGAAAUUUGUGAAGAGGACAAGAGCUUCGUGCUGAGGGCAAUGAAGCUAGAUCCUCGAAACAGACCAUCAGCAAAACAACUUUUGAAAGAUAAAUGGUUUCAUCCACCUUGA